AUGGCAACAGAAAAUGGUACAUUACAAACAUGUGAUUGUUGUUGUGAUGAUCAAUUACUUGAUGAUGAUAUGAUUAGUUGUGAUAAUAAUCAUCGAUUUUGUCAAUCAUGUAUACGAAAUUAUAUUGAAAAUGGUUUUAUAUCAAAUGGUGAAUGUUUUUUUACAUGUUUAAAUCCAACAUGUAAAUAUGAAUAUUCAACAUCAUUAAUGAGUCAAUUACUUGCACCAACACUUUUUUCUCGAUUAAUUAUUAAAAUUCAACAAGAAGAAUUACGUUUAGCAAAUAUUCCUAAUUUUGAACAAUGCAAAUAUUGUACAUUUGGAACAAUUAUCGAAGAUCCUGAUGAACGUGUAUUUCGAUGUUUAAAUCAAGAAUGUUUAAAAGAAACAUGUCGUGCUUGUGGUGAACCAAAUCAUAUUCCAUUACGAUGUGAUGAAGUUGAAAAAAAAGAUGAAUUAGAUAUGAGAACAUUUAUUGAAAAUCGUGUUUCAGAAGCUAUGAUUCGAGUUUGUUAUAAAUGUAAACAACGAUUUUAUAAACUUGAAGGUUGUAAUAAAAUGACAUGUGCUUGUGGUGCAUCAAUGUGUUAUGUUUGUCGUGAACCUAUUCACGGUUAUGAUCAUUUUAAUAAUAAUACAAAAUGUGGAGCUAAUAUGGAUGUUGUUAAAUUACAUCAAGAAGAAAUGCAUUUAGCUUAUGAAGAAGCUAAAAAAUUUUAUAUCGAACGACAUCCUGAAGCAAAAGAUUUAGUACUUAAAUAUGAUCCACAACAACAUCUUGAUGGUUCUAAACCAAAGAAUAGACUAAAAGCAAAACGUGGUAAACAUCGACAUGAAUAA